AUCCAAUAAACACCCUUCCCCCACAUUGAAAGUCUCUAGCCAAAUACUGUCCCUCUGCUCCAGCUCCUCCUUAUACGCCUCUUGCCUCUCCCCAUUUCCGGAUGGGUCCUGGCCCACAGCCCUUAUCUCCUCUAGCCCCUGGGCUGUUUGCAGAGAGCAGUUAAAAAGGGGCUGACCCAGCAGAGAGUGGAGGGGAAUUACAAGGUGCAGGAAAACAACAGCACUGGACCAGACUGGAUGUCUGCUUGAGUCACCACAGUCCUGCUCUGCACCAUGGGGAAGGACUGGCUCUUUGGCAAACCAAACAUCUUCUUCCUUCUCCUCUUCUUCCUCCCUGGAAAUGCCUCUCCCACUACAGAACCGCAAUACAUGGUGCUGCUGCCCUUUCUGAUACACACCGAUGCUCCUGAGAAAGUCUGUGUUCAGCUGACCCACCUGAACGAGUCUGUGACGCUGAGUGCCACACUUGAAUAUCAAGGGGAAAACAGGAGCCUGAUUGAUGAUGUGGUGUCAGAGAAGGAUAUAUUCACCUGCAUCCCUUUCUCUCUCCCAAAAUCCAAUAGCACAUCAGUGGCAUUUCUCACUGUGAUGGUGAAGGGGGAGACCCUGCAGUUCAGAAGCCGCAAGUCAGUGCUGGUCAAGAAUUCUGAGAGUUUGGUCUUCGUCCAGACAGACAAACCCAUCUACAAGCCCGGACAGACAGUUCUAUUUCGGAUCAUCUCUCUGGACAAGGAUUUCCAUCCACUGAAUGAGAAGUUUCCAUUUGUCUAUAUUCAGGAUCCGCAGAGGAACCGUAUAUACCAAUGGCAAGAGGUGGAACUGGAGACCGGCCUUAUAGAACUGUCCUUCCCUCUCACCUCUGACCCCAUGCAAGGCUCCUACAAAAUAGUCGUGCAGAAGAGCGUUACCUCCCAUGUGGAGCACUCCUUCACUGUGGAGGAAUACGUGCUGCCCAAGUAUGAGGUCCUGGUGAAGCUGCCCAAGAUGAUCACUAUUGAGGAUAAGGAACUUCCAGUGUCUGUCUGUGGUCUGUACACCUACGGGAAACCUGUCCCUGGUUUGGUGAAUGUCCAAGUGUGCCGGAAAUUUUCUGAUUCUCAUUCACAUUGUCAUGGAAAAGAAGCAGAAGCUGUGUGUGAAGAAUUCGUCAGGCGGGCAGAUGCUCAUGGGUGUGUUUCUGAUAUAGUAAGGACCAAGAUAUUUCAGCUCCAGCGCAGGGGAUAUAAAAUGAACAUCGACGUGCAAGGCAAGAUCACAGAAGAUGGUACAGGAACAGAGAUGGUUGGGACAGGCUCCUGUGAAAUCACAUCCGUCAUGAGCAAAGUCAGCUUCCAGCUGUUGGAUUCUUAUUACAGACCAGGGAUCCCGCUCUUUGGGAUGGUGAAGCUGGUGGAUGGUACUGAUGCUCCCAUUGCCAAUGAAACUAUCAGAGUUUCUGUGAAUGGAGAGCGUUACGAAGGCAACUACACUACAGAUGAGCAGGGACAAUCCUGGUUUUCCAUUGAUACUACCACCUUCACGGAAGCCUCCCUGGAAAUCCAAGCUGAACAUAAACCUGAACCGAACUGUUAUGACAGCGACUGGAUCACACCUUCAUAUGAGCAUGCCUUCCGUAGCAUAAGUCGGUUUUACUCCCCCAGUAACAGCUUCCUCAAAAUUGAGCCCAAGUCUGAGACAUUAAGUUGUGGCUUCCCCACAGAGAUCCGUGUGCACUAUGUCUUCACACCAGAUGUUAUUGGAGAGCAGAGGAAAAUUGUCAUUUACUAUUUGGUGAUGGCCAAGGGAAGCAUUAUGUUAGCAGACACUCAUGAUCUGACUGUGAAUCCUGGAGAUGUUUAUGGGAUAUUUCAGUUGACCUUACCUGUUGAGGCAACCAUUGCUCCCAAGGCACGGAUGCUUGUGUACACCACUUCACCCAGUGGGGAAGUCAUCGCCAGUUCAGCGGAUUUCCAGGUUGAAAGUUGCCUCCCCAGUCAAGUCAGGUUGAGUUUUGUUCCUAAGGAGGGUCUUCCUGCCUCCAACACACGUCUGCAACUCCAUAGCUCACCAAGGUCCCUUUGUGCCAUCCGUGCUGUGGACAAAAGCGUUCUCCUCAUGAAGCCUGAAGAUGAGCUCUCUCACAGAUCUUUGUAUGAUCUUCUCCCAGAAGAAAUGAAGGAAAUUCAGGGCUACAGGUUCAAGGACUACUACUUGGAAGAAGACGAUGUAAACCCCUGUUUGUCACUUGACAACAUACUAUUAAAUGGAUUUGUCUACGUACCCAUUUCUCCUGAUGGCAAAGGUGAUGCCUAUGACAUUCUCAAACUGUUGGGCUUAAAAGUCUUCACUAGCAGCAAGAUCCAUAAGCCUGAAGUCUGCCAGCGUUACACAGUACACAUGAUGGAAAGGAAUUACAUGGUUUCUAAUUUAGUCAGUCCGGCACAACAUCUUUUUGAUUCAGACUAUGCAAUGAUGGAAGAGAUGGAUGCUGGCCAUCCUGUGGAGACCAUCCGGAAAUACUUCCCUGAGACAUGGAUCUGGGACAUAGUUUCAGUGAACUCUGAAGGAAAUGCUGAACUAGAUGUGACCAUCCCCGACACCAUCACCGAGUGGAAAGCCAGUGCAUUCUGCACUUCGCCAGACACAGGCUUUGGCCUGUCCCCAACAGUGUCCCUCAGAGCCUUCCAGCCCUUCUUUGUAGAGCUCACCCUGCCUUACUCUGUAGUGCGUGGUGAGGCCUUCACGCUGAAAGCCACCUUUUUCAACUACCUAACAGCCUGCAUCAGGGUCAGCGUGUCUCUAGCUAAAUCUACUCAUUUCCUGGCUGCUCCAGUAGAGAAGGAGGAAGAAUCCUACUGCAUCUGCCUGAAUGAAAGGAAGACUGUGGCUUGGGCAGUAACACCAAAAUCUCUAGGGCAGGUGGAGUUCUCGGUGAGCGCUGAGGCCCUGCAAAACCAGCAGCCCUGUGGGAACGCCAUAGUGGAGACCCCUGAGAAAGGACGGAAGGACACAGUCAUCAGACAGCUGCUGGUGGAGCCAGAAGGAAUGGAGGUGGAAACUACAUAUAACUCUGUGAUCUGUGCAUCUGAAAAAUCAAUGUCAGAGACAGUAGCUCUAGUUCUCCCAGAGAAUGUGGUGGAUGGUUCAGCCAGAGCAUAUUUCUCAGUACUAGGUGACAUAAUGGGCACUUCCAUGCAGAACCUGCACCAGCUCCUCCAGAUGCCAUUUGGCUGUGGGGAACAGAACAUGGUCCUGUUUGCACCCAAUAUCUAUGUCCUGGACUAUCUGAACAAGACAGGACAGUUGAGUGAGGAGAUCAAAUCCAAGGCCAUUGGAUACUUAGUGCGCGGGUAUCAAAGGCAAUUGAACUAUAAACACUGGGAUGGUUCUUAUAGCACCUUUGGGCCCCAGUAUGGGCAGGUUGGGAAUACCUGGCUCACAGCCUUUGUCCUCAAGUCCUUUGCCCAGGCCCGGCCAUACAUCUUCAUACAUGAGAAGCACAUCCAGGAUGCUUUGAUCUGGCUCACUCAAAAGCAGAAGGAGAAUGGUUGCUUCCACAGUUCUGGGACGCUCCUGAACAAUGCCAUGAAGGGUGGAGUAGACAAUGAGGUCUCACUGACGGCCUAUAUCACUAUUGCAUUGCUGGAGAUUCCUCUGCCUGUAACUGUAUGUGUCACCUAAGUCACUAUUGGUAGUAACUUACCCUACUAGUCCUCCACAGAUUAU